AACAGGAGUCAUGUUUCUGCAUCUUUUCGUCAUUUCAAGGUCGGGAGGCCUCAUCUACAACAAAGAUUUAAGUUCUAGCGCACCUCGGCUUACGGUGAACGAGUGGCUUGUCUUGGGAUCUACAUUUCAUGGCUUGCAUUCCAUCGCUGCGCAGGUAGCACCAUUGGCAUCGUCAGGCAUCGAAAAGCUCGAAUGCGACAAUUUGAAGCUCCAGUGUUUCCAGAGCCGGACGGGGGUAAAAUUCGUUUUGACAGCCGAGCCGGGCACGCCGGACUUGGAUAAUGUGCUACACGGAAUUUACGAACUCUACGCAGACUAUGUGCUCAAGAAUCCCUUUUACGAAAUGGAUAUGCCCAUUCGUUGCGAUCUUUUUCAGCAAGGCGUUGAGCGUUUGAUUGAAAGAAACUCUAGAGAGCUAAAGAAAGCACGGAGCGAUGCAUGAGAUUCGGUCCCUGUAAAUCAUGUGUUUGUAAAGCGACUGCGGGUUUCAGAUGGUAGUAGACUCAUUUUAAAG